AUGGCCCUGAGCGCACGAACUGCUGCGAGAGCUCUCCGAGCUGCAAAGCCCUCGCCCACUCGUCCUUUCGCAUCUGUGCAGGCAUGCACCUACUCGUCCUCUGCCGAGCCUACACUCAAGGAGACCUUCGAAAGAGUCCUGCCUGCGAAGCGCGAGCUGCUAAAGAGGGUCAAAGCUCAGAGCGACAAGAAGCUCGGUGAAGUCAAGGUCGAGAAUGCGUUAGGAGGCAUGAGAGGCCUGAAGGCCAUGGUAUGGGAAGGCUCCGUCCUCGACGCCAACGAGGGCAUUCGAUUCCACGGCAAGACCAUCAAGGACUGCCAGCAAGUGCUCCCCAAGGGCACGUCUGGCACCGAGAUGCUGCCCGAGGCCAUGUUCUGGUUGCUGCUCACAGGCGAAGUCCCUUCGGUCGCCCAGACCCGUGUUCUGUCUCGCGAGCUGGCGGAGAAGGCGCAAAUCCCCAAGUUCGUCGCCAAGAUGCUGGACGACUUCCCCAAGGACCUCCACCCCAUGACGCAGUUUGCCUGCGCCGUCUCCGCGCUCAACUACGAGUCCAAGUUUGCAAAGGCGUACGAGAAGGGCAUCAACAAGGCCGAUUACUGGGAGCCGACCUUUGACGACUCCAUCAGCCUGCUCGCCAAGCUGCCCACCAUUGCUGCCAAGAUCUACCAGAACGCAUACCGCGGCGGCGGUGCUCUGCCCAACCAAGUCGAUCUCGACCAAGAUUGGUCGUACAACUUCGCUGCCAUGCUGGGCAAGGCCGGCGAGGAGAACGAGGGUUUCCAAGAUCUCCUCCGCUUGUACCUCGCUCUGCACGGCGACCACGAGGGUGGUAACGUGUCGGCGCACGCCACGCACCUGGUUGGUUCAGCGCUCAGCGAUCCCUUCCUCAGCUACAGCGCUGGUCUACAAGGUCUUGCUGGCCCACUCCACGGCCUCGCUGCUCAGGAAGUGCUGCGCUUUAUUCUGGACAUGCAGAAGGCGGUUGGCGACAAGUUCAGCGAGAGCGACGUCAACAAAUACCUCUGGAGCGUGUUGAAGUCUGGACGCGUCAUCCCCGGGUAUGGCCACGCCGUGCUCAGGAAGCCUGACCCGCGUUUCCAAGCUCUCAUGGACUUUGCCGACGCUCGUCCUGAUAUCGCCGCCAACCCGGUGUACCAGCUCGUGAAGACCAACUCGCAAAUUGCUCCUGGUGUGCUCACCGAGCACGGCAAGACCAAGAACCCCUUCCCCAACGUCGACUCGUCUUCGGGUGUCCUGUUCCACCACUACGGCUUCAAGGAGACACUCUACUACACUGCUACAUUCGGUGUCAGCCGCGGCCUUGGACCGCUCGCACAGCUCAUCUGGGACCGGGCACUGGGUCUGCCUAUUGAGCGCCCCAAGAGCAUCAACCUGCAGGGCAUUUUAGACCAGGUUGGUGCGUAG